AUGGCGACCCCAGAGGCGGCGGGGCCCCCGGCCGAGAAACAAACCCCGGGAUUGCCGGACUACGUGUUGCACGAGGACGCUGUGCUCGGGGACAUCGAUGUCAAAUGGAGACACGGACGGACACCGGACUACUCUAAGACUCGUCAGAUUUAUUCCGAAACAAAGCGCGCAUCUCACCAAGCAGGUAGCCUGCCCGACCUCGUCGAGAAGCUCGUAAAAAACUGGGAGAUCGAAGCCAGUUACAAGGUCGAUCUUGCCGACUGGCGCACGAUCGAUCGCAACUCCUACACCUUCGCCGUCAACGGUGGUCCAUCUCAGACGGCCGAGCACAUGCUCGCCGUGGGCACAUACAACGCGAUCGUUGAGGGCAACGAGUUUUACUGUCCUGCGCGCUCGAGUUUCGAUGCCUCGCAUAAAACGUUCAAACGAAUGAUGCCGACGUUUGCGUGGGAGGUGCUGGAGGUGUAUGCGGGCCCGCCCAAGGUCGCGUUUCGCUGGCGGCACUGGGGGGUGAUGAAAGAGGAUUAUUCCGGCAUUAAUAAUAAGGGUGAAAAAGUCACGGUCAAGGCACACGGAGGGCCGAUUGACAUUGAAGGGGUUGCUGUUGCGGAGGUGAACGAUAAAUUGCAACUACGCAGUGUUGAGGUGUUCUUCGACCCUAUGCUCAUGUUCAGGCAGAUGGCCCCGGAUGGUCAAACGGGCGUGACCAAGGUGAAGAUCGAUGAGGGGGAGGCCGUUGCGUAG